AGAUCGCAUUCAAAAUUCGGCACGUUCUAGUAGGUUAAGGAAAAAAUUGAAAAAAAAUCGCCAUAGUUACUUGCAUAAAUAUUUGCAAUAUACUCACAAUUUACAUUUCGCUAUAAUUUUACAUUUUCUGCUAAACAAGAUGCGUGAAGUGAUUUCCGUCCAUGUCGGUCAAGGUGGAGUCCAGAUUGGGAACGCAUGCUGGGAGCUGUAUUGCUUGGAGCAUGGAAUUCAACCUGACGGCCAGAUGCCAUCCGAUAAGACUGUUGGAGGAGGUGACGACAGCUUCAAUACGUUUUUCAGUGAGACGGGAGCGGGUAAGCAUGUGCCUCGAGCAGUAAUGGUCGAUUUGGAGCCGACGGUCGUUGAUGAAGUGCGAACCGGUACGUACCGACAACUGUUUCAUCCUGAGCAACUGAUUACCGGAAAAGAAGACGCGGCAAAUAACUACGCGCGUGGACACUACACAGUCGGCAAAGAAAUCGUGGAUCUAGUGCUGGAUCGAUUAAGAAAGUUAGCAGAUCAGUGCACGGGAAUGCAAGGAUUUCUAAUUUUUCACUCCUUCGGUGGAGGAACGGGUUCCGGUUUCACGUCGCUGCUCAUGGAACGCUUGUCGGUCGAUUACGGGAAAAAAUCCAAGCUGGAAUUUGCCAUUUAUCCCUCGCCGCAAAUCUCCACAGCUGUCGUCGAGCCUUAUAACGCCAUACUCACCACUCACACAACGCUGGAACACUCAGACUGCGCAUUCAUGGUGGAUAACGAAGCAAUUUACGAUGUCUGUCGAAGAAAUUUGGACAUCGAACGUCCCACGUACACCAACCUAAAUAGAUUGUUGGGCCAAAUUGUCAGCUCGAUUACCGCUUCCUUGCGUUUCGACGGCGCUUUAAAUGUCGACUUGACAGAAUUUCAAACAAAUCUUGUACCUUACCCCAGAAUUCACUUUCCACUCGCUACCUAUGCUCCCGUAAUUUCGGCGGAAAAGGCGUACCACGAACAGCUAACCGUCGCCGAACUUACCAACGCGUGCUUCGAACCCGCGAAUCAAAUGGUAAAAUGCGACCCAAGGCACGGCAAGUACAUGGCGUGCUGCGUACUGUAUCGAGGCGACGUCGUUCCCAAGGAUGUCAAUGCCGCAAUCGGUACGAUUAAAACCAAGCGAACAAUUCAGUUUGUCGACUGGUGUCCGACCGGUUUCAAAGUGGGAAUUAAUUAUCAACCUCCGACGGUUGUGCCGGGAGGCGACUUGGCAAAGGUACAGAGGGCAAUAUGCAUGAUGUCCAAUACUACGGCAAUUGCGGAAGCUUGGGCGAGACUCGAUCAUAAGUUUGAUUUGAUGUAUGCCAAAAGAGCCUUCGUCCAUUGGUACGUCGGUGAAGGUAUGGAGGAGGGCGAAUUUUCAGAAGCUCGAGAGGACACUGCGGCUUUAGAGAAGGAUUACGAAGAAGUUGGUAUGGAUUCUGGGGAGGGAGAAGGAGAGGGCGGAGAAGAUUUCUAAUUUUACAUUUGUUAUUAUUAUUAGGUCAAUAUUGUUUAUGAAUACAAGUAUCUCUAAACAUGAACA